CCAUAUCACAUCCAACAAAACGGGAACCUGAUUUUGGUCGCAUACCUUAAACAUAGGAGAUCGAGAUUGAUGGAUCCUUUCUCAAUCCAUCCAAAAUCUUCAGACCCAAUGCUCUUCUUCAUCUAAUUUCCUGUCUGACGGACACAUCUUGUAGAAUCAGAGACCAGUUUCUUCAGUAGAGACUCGACGAGAAGUUGCACCUGAAAAUUCAUAUUCAGAUUAGGGGUUUAUUGAUUCGUAGCAUGCGAAAGAGAUAUGGGUUAUGGAAAUCGAGCUUCUUCUAAAACUCCUGCGAUCUCAGGUGCCCUUCUUUUUCUGUUUUUGUUCCUAAAAUUUGAAACUUUAGGGUUUAUAGUUGCGGCAUUGAAAAUUCUGUAAUCGAUGCAUACAUUGUUUAGAAAUAUACAUCUGUGUGCGAUUCCCUUGGAUGAUUAUCCAGUUGUUAUGAUUAGACCAGAAAUUUUCGGUCUUUGGUUGAAUCAUGAGCCGACCCUUAAUUUCUUAGAAUCUGAAAUUAAAGUGACUUGAGUGUUAAUGUUAACGAUAUAGCACUUCUUACAUUGGCGACUAAUAGGUCUAAGGGUUUUGCAGGUUUGCGUGAAAAGCAUCAACAGGAUCUUGAAAAACUGACAUUGACCUCACAACCAUUCAAAACCUUGAGAUUAUUUGUUGUUGCUGUUUUUCUCUAUGUUAGAAGAUGGUCCUCUUACCUUCUUGCAAAUGUUGGCUGGCUUAUACUUUUUUGUAGCAUUUUUGUUGCAUUUGCAGCUCUUCUUGUGACCCUAGAUGGGCCUCACGUCAAGGUAAACAGAUUCAGACUGUUGCUGUCUGUAGGUUUAGCUAGUGAUGUUUCUUUGCUUGGUAUAAGAAAUCUCCGAAAGCUUCUGGAUGAGAAAUCCUACAGCUACGGCUUUUCUACUGCUAUUGAAAUUGGGGAUAAGAGCAUAUAUCGAAAGACAUGAGUGAUGAUCAAUAUAUUUGUUUCAUUCUUAGUUUAUCAGCUUCUUUUGUUUUCUUAGAUGAAGAAAACGGUAAAAUUUUCUAAUUUUCUCCUCGUGCAGCAUGUUGAAGAACUGUCUGAGUACACCAGGUUUGGACUAUGGUGGAUAUUCUUAGGUGUUGCAUCAUCAAUUGGUCUUGGAUCUGGUUUGCAUACAUUUGUUCUUUAUUUGGGUCCCCAUAUUGCUUUAUUUACCAUAAAAGUAAUGCAGUGCGGGCGAGUCGAUUUAAAGAGUGCUAUAUAUGAUACAAUUCAGUUGAAGAGAAGCCCUUCAUGGCUUGAUAAACCAUGCCACGAGUUUGGCUCCCCAGUUUUUUCUUCUGGAGUUCCUCUUAGCAGUAUACUACCACAGGUUCAGAUAGAAGCCAUCCUAUGGGGUCUAGGAACAGCGUUGGGAGAACUUCCUCCUUACUUUAUCUCCAGAGCAGCAAGUCUUUCCGGUGGCAAAAUGAAAGAAUUGGAGACAUGUUCUGGUGACGAUAACGGAUUCAUUGCUAAACGCGUAAAUCAGAUCAAAAGCUGGUUAUUGUCGCAUUCACAAUAUCUCAACUUCUUCACAAUCCUGAUUCUUGCUUCGGUUCCUAACCCAUUAUUCGACCUUGCUGGAAUCAUGUGUGGACAAUUCGAGAAACCGUUUUGGGAGUUUUUCCUUGCAACCUUGAUUGGAAAGGCAAUCAUCAAGACACAUAUACAGACGGUUUUCAUCAUAUGCGUCUGUAAUAAUCAGCUUCUUGACUGGGUAGAGAAUGAGCUGAUAUAUAUUCUGAGCUUUGUGCCCGGUUUUGCUUCUGCAUUGCCUGAGCUCACAGCGAAACUCCGCUUAAUGAAAGAGAAGUACUUGAUUGCUUCGCCUCCAGUAUCUUCUGAUAUCAAUGUCAAGAAAUGGGAUCUUUCUUUUGCAUCCGUGUGGAACGGAGUCGUGUGGCUGAUGCUUUUGAAUUUCUUCGGCCAGAUUGUGACUUCAACUGCACAGAGAUACCUAAAGAAGCAACAAGAAGAAGAACUAGAUGCCUUGACCAACAAGUCGUCGCUGACCUCAAAGAAAUCUAAGUAGUCCAGAAAUUUAUUUAUCUUUUCUAACUUUGGUUUUUUUUUCUUUCUUUCAUAGAAACAUUAUCACUGUAUUUCGUCUUAUCUGAGAACAUAACAAAUUUGUCCAGAAAGAACAAAAAAACAUAGAAAAACAAUUGAAAGUUGAAAGGAAGUUCUAACUAAAGUUAUAAAUGUGAUUUGUUUCACCUCUUGAUGUAUGUUAUAUGGUUGAAAUAAAU